AGACGAUGUUUUCCCAGUUUAAGUGGGAUAAGGCCAAGCCCAUAUUCGACGCAGGAUCGUCCAAGAAGAGCAAGGGGUCAGACCAGAAGGCCAUUCUAUGUUCCCCACAACACCUGGACACAUGACGUCUGUGUCCUUGCCCUGGUGAACGAAGAAAUUGCUCCCAACAGGGACCGCUUAGACCAACUUAAAUGUGGAGGUCUUGGUAAAAAGAGAAUAACAUUUAACAAGGAUGGAGAUCAUGCCUACUUUAUCAAGAAGUUAGAAGAAGAAUUCCCCAAAUUGCAGUUACAGCAAGGAGCCAUCGAGGUUUUGAGGUCAAGUACCGGGGGAUCGGGUGCUCGGCCAUUAACGCCAAUUCCAUUAGGUUCUCAGGGUUACUGCAUCCAAGAACUAAGGGCAUCCCUUAAUUCAGCCACAUUAUUUGUAAGGCCGUUGCAAACUGAUUUAGAACUAGAUCAAGUUGUACAAGUGACCAGAGAAACACCUAAAGUGACCUGCAUCCACUGUGGAAAAGAGGUAAACUUGUGUGAACUGAGAGUGCAUUGCCAGUCCCUAGAAUGCACUCUGGCGAGACCUGGAACCAGUGCCCAAACAGUUGACACAGAGGGAAAUAGGGACGAUUCUUCUCGAAGUCCUUUAAGCAGGUGUACAGUUGAUCUAACCAGUGAUGAAACUGUUGCGGAGACAGUUGGAGAUUUAAUGCCUUUGUCCUCGUCUCAUUGGGGAAGCACAGCUUCCCUUAGUGGAAAGCUGGAAGUUUUGAGGGACAUGUUCCCGCAAGUCGAACUUGAUAGGCUAUCAAAAGUUGCAGCUUCAAGUUUUUCACUAGAUGACGCGAUCGAUGAACUGGUGAAUUGCAGUCCUGAGCAAUCUAACAAAACGCUGGUGCAAGUGCUGACAGAGUUCAGAUCCCAAGUAAAACCGGAAGAAGAAAUUAAUAUCACGGUUGAGCGAGAUAACAUAUGGUGCAACGUCCUUGCAUUUUACAAGAAGUCUGACAAAGAAAGACUUAGAAAGAAGCUUGUGGUAGCUUUUGAGGGGGAAGAUGGCGUUGACGCAGGUGCCCUUGCAGCUGAGUUUUUUCAGCUUGCUCUUGAUCAAGUUAAGAAAAGACUUUUCCAAGGAAAACCAGAGAGGGUGCUUCCAAUAAAAGAUUCGACAAAGGCACAUUUGUUUUUUAUCGCAGGAGUGAUCGUCGCUCAUUCUCUUCUCCAAAAUGGCCCCAGCUUCCCCUGCCUUUGUCCAGCAUUGUAUGACUAUUUGGUCGGGAGGCGUGACGACGUGCCCAUACAUGUUCGCAAUGAUGACAUACCCUUAACUGCUGAUACAGAAGCUGUGCUCGAUCUUAUAAAAAAGCUCGAUGAUUGCGAAACAGCGACCGAUCUGUCAAGUUGUCUGAGUGACGACAGAUUGUGGGGCGUUAUCUCAGCAUCUCAUUGGCCAAAUGAAGUCUGUAUCACGCUCCAAAAUAAAGGUAAGAUAUAAAAAAGAUGAUUUGGGGCAAACUUGGAAGGCUUACUUUAGUAUGGCAAAUGUUAUUUGAUAUUUUUCCUGGGGUGCCAGCUGGUACAAAUAGCACAAUAACAUUUUGCCAGCAAAGGCCCUGUUCCUUUUACACGUGGUUUGGAUCACUGCAGAUUUAAUUAUGUAGCCCUGAAGCAAAUAAAAAAUCAGCAGUCUCCCAAAAUGUUGACCUUACCAUCAACAGUGCAGGAUCGUACUGGGAAAACUUCCAAAAGGGAUAAAACUUAAAUUUGAAAACAGACAAAUCAUUGACCGUUUAACUCCAUUCCGUUGCAGGUCAGAGAACUGCAGCUUUCAAUUAAAAAGUGCUAUUCUAAGUGUACUGCACUUGCUUGAAACAAAGGGACUAAAGUUACUGUAAUCUGUGUAAUGUUUGUAUCUCCAAGAAAGACUUUUUUAAAUAACAACUGGUGUCAAGUGCUUCCAGGCUAUGGUCUUUAACACCUUGUGAGUCCCUUCAAGUACAUAAAGAGUAUUAUGAAGAUCAUUUUCUUUAUUAAAAAGUGCCAUAAUCCAUCUGGACAAAAGGAGUUAAUGUCAAGUGGACGUAGCAAUUUAUAAUCGGAAAAUAUGUCGUGUGAUCAGGGAGUGUCGUUAGCUAUAAUAAACAUUUACAAAUGGAACCACGUGUUGACCAACAAAAAUGAUAAUUGUGACGCGUCUGAGUUAAAUUUCGUUUCACUAGUAUACACCAUUGAUGAUCUUCGUUUUCAUAAUAGUUUCACUUGAAGUAUAGUUUAUUAAUCCAGGUACUCGAUCUGGAGCAACAAGGAGAUACUAUGAAACAGUAACACGUCCUUUGAACUUCGCUUCUCAUUCCGUGUUAACAAGAUGAAUUUUAUUUGUCACUGUAGCUACCUUACUAGCGCAUGUGGUGGAGCAGGAAGUGCUGUGGAGCCGAAAGCAGGAACUAGAUGAGUUUGGUGCUGGACUGGAAUCAUUAGGACUACUGACACUUCUGAAGCAGAACGCUGCAGUGUGCCCGAGCUUGCUGUGCUUUGAUGAGAAUGCAACUUUUGGACCCGAGGAAUUUGAGAAAUGCUUAAGCCGACCCGCGCAAGACCCGGGUGAUUUUGUUCAAGAACAGACCUACAAAUGGUUCAAUAGCUAUAUAAGUGAGAAUCCGAGGUCCGAGGCCUUUCAAGGAGGGUGCAGGUUGAAAGCUCUCUUGCAUUUUUCUACUGGAUACCAAGUUCCUCCUCCUGGUGAGAAUCUCCCUCACAAAAUAUCAAUCUCUUUUUUACCCGAUGACGAGAAGUACCAGCUUCCUAUUGCUCAAGCCUGCUUUGCAUAUCUUAAACUGCCUACCGUUCACUCCUGUAAGGCCAAAUUCCAUGAAUUUAUGGAUAUGGCCUUAAAAUGUGAAGGUACUGGCUUUGGUUUGUUUUAG